CAAUAUGGCGACUAUUGGUGUUGUGCGUUUGUGAAUGUCAGGGUGCAGACCGGUGUUUAAGAUACAAAUAAUUGUAGUUAGUAAAUCAAGUACGUGUUUUGCGUGAACGUUGAAUUGACUAGAAUUUCAUUACUACUCGCGAACGGUAGUUCUGAAAUUAGAGAUAAUGUCGAAGACGGAUGAAAAUCCAGAUGCAGGGGACACAGGAGAGAAUUCGAAUGGAUCAUCGGCGGAGACCACGUCGUCCCGUGGUGGUGACUUUGAAACGAAACUUGAAACCGAUCGAAGUAAGCGAUUCGAUUAUUUACUGAAACAGACUGAAAUAUUUUCCCAUUUUAUGACUAACAAUCAGAAGGACAAAGCUGGAAGUCCUUUGAAAGUCAAAGCUGGCAGGCCCAGGAAGCAACCGGCAGAAGCUCCAGUGAAACCAGAUAUUGUUGAUCACAGGCACCGUAAGACAGAACAAGAAGAGGACGAAGAAUUAUUAGCAGAAAGUAAUGCCAAUGUAGCAACUACUACACGUUUUGAAUCGUCACCACAUUACAUCAAAUCUGGUGAAUUACGAGAUUAUCAAAUACGUGGUUUAAAUUGGAUGAUAUCCUUGUAUGAACAUGGUAUCAACGGUAUCUUGGCAGACGAGAUGGGUCUUGGUAAAACUUUGCAGACAAUUUCUUUGCUCGGUUAUAUGAAACAUUUCAGAAGCAUUCCUGGUCCACAUAUAGUUAUUGUUCCAAAGUCAACUUUGGCUAAUUGGAUGAAUGAAUUUAAAAAAUGGUGUCCCACCCUGAGAGCAGUCUGCCUCAUUGGAGAUGCAGAAACUAGAAAUACCUUUAUCAGAGAAGUCAUGAUGCCUGGGGAAUGGGAUGUUUGUGUAACAUCAUACGAAAUGGUCAUAAAAGAAAAAUCAGUAUUCAAGAAGUUUAACUGGCGUUACAUGGUAAUUGAUGAAGCUCAUAGGAUAAAGAAUGAGAAAUCAAAGUUAUCGGAGAUUUUACGAGAAUUUAAAACCGCUAAUCGUCUGUUAUUAACUGGAACACCACUGCAGAAUAAUCUGCACGAACUGUGGUCCUUGCUCAAUUUUCUAUUGCCAGAUGUAUUCAAUAGUUCCGACGAUUUCGACUCUUGGUUCAAUACUAAUAGUUUCUUAGGUGAUAAUUCAUUGGUUGAGAGAUUACACGCAGUUCUCCGACCGUUUCUUUUAAGACGUUUGAAAUCCGAAGUCGAAAAAGGACUGAAACCAAAAAAAGAAAUCAAAGUUUACAUUGGUCUUAGCAAAAUGCAAAGAGAGUGGUACACUAAAGUACUCAUGAAAGACAUAGACAUAGUUAACGGCGCCGGAAAAAUUGAGAAAAUGAGAUUACAAAAUAUUUUGAUGCAGUUGCGCAAAUGUUGCAACCAUCCUUAUUUGUUCGAUGGGGCGGAACCUGGACCCCCUUACACGACCGACGAACAUCUUGUCUAUAAUUGUGGCAAGAUGGUAAUAUUGGAUAAAUUGUUACCAAAAUUGCAACAACAAGAAUCACGGGUACUUAUAUUCAGUCAAAUGACGAGAAUGUUGGAUAUUUUAGAAGAUUACUGCCACUGGAGAUGUUUUCAAUACUGUCGUUUGGAUGGUAAUACAGCACACGAGGACAGGCAGCGUCAAAUUAAUGAAUACAACGCACCAGGAAGCGAGAAAUUCAUUUUUAUGUUGUCGACGCGUGCUGGGGGUUUAGGUAUAAAUUUAGCAACAGCUGAUGUAGUUAUAAUUUAUGACUCUGACUGGAAUCCGCAAAUGGAUCUCCAAGCUAUGGAUCGAGCUCAUCGUAUAGGCCAACAAAAACAAGUCCGUGUAUUCAGGUUUAUCACAGAAAAUACUGUUGAAGAAAAGAUUGUAGAGCGCGCGGAAGUUAAACUGCGUUUAGACAAAUUAGUUAUUCAACAAGGACGAUUAGUCGAUGCGAAGCAAACAGCACUGAACAAGGAUGAAAUGCUAAACAUGAUCAGGCAUGGCGCGAACGAAGUGUUUGCAUCGAAAGAUAGCGCUAUCACGGAUGAAGACAUAGAUACCAUUCUACAAAAAGGUGAAGCGAAAACUGAGGAGAUGAAGCAGAAGCUCGAAAGCUUGGGCGAAUCGUCUCUGCGUAACUUCACUGUAGAUGCACCCACGGAUUCGGUAUAUCAAUUCGAAGGUGAGGACUACCGUGAAAAACAAAAGAUUCUCGGGCUUGGUAAUUGGAUAGAACCGCCUAAACGAGAGCGUAAAGCCAACUACGCGGUCGACGCUUACUUCAGGGAAGCUCUCAGAGUAUCAGAACCAAAAGCUCCAAAGGCACCUAGGCCUCCGAAGCAGCCAAUAGUUCAGGACUUUCAAUUCUUCCCGCCACGAUUAUUCGAGUUGCUCGAUCAAGAAAUCUAUUACUUCCGUCAAACCGUAGGAUACAAAGUUCCGAAAAAUCCGGAACUUGGAUCCGAUGCAGCGAGAAUUCAAAAAGAGGAACAGCGUAAAAUAGACGAGGCUCAACCAUUGUCCGAUGAGGAAAUCGCGGAGAAGGAGAAACUGCUCACUCGAGGUUUCACGAAUUGGACCAAGAGAGAUUUCAAUCAGUUCAUAAAGGCGAACGAAAAGUACGGUCGUGACGAUAUCGAAAAUAUUGCAAAGGAGGUGGAAGGAAAGACGCCUGAGGAGGUGAUGGAGUAUUCGGCCGUUUUCUGGGAACGUUGCCACGAGUUGCAAGACAUCGACAGGGUGAUGGCUCAAAUUGAGCGCGGAGAGGCGAAGAUACAGAGACGAGCUGGGAUCAAAAAAGCUCUAGACGCCAAGAUGGCCAGGUACCGUGCUCCGUUUCAUCAAUUGAGGAUAGCCUACGGAACAAAUAAGGGAAAAAAUUAUACCGAGGAGGAGGAUCGGUUCCUCGUUUGCAUGUUACACAAACUAGGCUUCGACAAGGAGAACGUUUACGAGGAGCUUCGCGCCACAGUCAGAUCAGCUCCCCAAUUUCGUUUCGAUUGGUUCGUAAAAUCGCGUACGGCUUUAGAAUUGCAGCGACGGUGCAAUACCUUGAUCACGUUGAUAGAACGCGAGAAUCAAGAACUCGAGGAACGGGAGAGACAAGAAAGGCGAAAGAAGGGCGGUAGUAUCGGUGCGAAACCAGCAUCUAAACGGAAACAAGAGAAUCUACCGGCGCCACAGGAUAAGCCACGAAAAAAGAAAAAAUAAGAGUCAAAUUGUGAAAAGUUUUUCGACUGUUCUUUUAUAGAGCACGGACUUAACUACAAUAAUUCUCUUUAUCUGUCCAUCAUUUAUUUUCCUCUGAAACAUUAAGGCAGGGUUCUGGUAUGUUGGAUGAUAAAUUGGAGGAUUUUUAAAAACUACUUUGAAAACAAGAUCAUACUAUUUAAAUUAUAAUUGAAAAAAAUAUUGAGUGGUAAUCUCUUAUUCUUAACAAUUAUUAAAAUUGAUUUCUCAUCUGAACAAACCAGAACCCUGCCUUAAUAGUACCAUUGUUAAAGUUCAAGUGAACGGUAUCCGUCAUAGCUUUGCUCUUAUUCCAUUUUCUCCAAUCUACAUUUUUCUAUACGAUUAUUAACAGGCCUUACUCGACAUUUUCCAAACAAAAGAUCAACAAUAGAUAGAGGAACUUAUUUAUUGCUGGCAACGGACGUAACCAAAUUGCAAUGGUUUUAUAAGGUUUUGUAACGUAACAUCAAACAACAGCGUUUUAUAUUUACAUACACAACGUGAUUCAUUCAAAUGUGUAAACGAAUAUACUUUAGAGACUGUGUAGAAUUGAAAAAUUGAAAAUGUAAGAAUUGAAGGUCGCUUAUGUUGUCGUAAAUGGAACUUUGCAAAAGUGGAGUUCAAUCUCGUUUCGGAUUUUAUUUUUUAAUUCUAAUUAUACCUUGUGCCCUCGAAAUACCCCCACCCGUCUCACAAUCAAACUACAGAUACAGAUCCUUUGAAAUAUGUUUUAUCUAUAGAUUAAAAGAAAUCGCCUGGUACAAGUGUACGUCCGAGUAACUCCUCUUGGUAUUGCUGAAAUUAAAUGAAAACGAACCGAUUGAUAUAUUAUACUUCAUUAUUAAUCAUUACGAAAACGUUACACUCGCCUGUCAUAUGUAUGUACUACACACGAUACAAACGUACCUUGAUUUAAUUUUACACGAGAAUACUUGUAAUGCAAUAUUACGUGAACGACAUUAUUUAUUUGUUACGAUUUCAAAGGCAUUGUAAUUCGUUUUACGAAUAAAACACCGUAUGCCGUAACAUAUGAAACAUCUAUGUAUAUUGGUGUUUUACUGUGGUGGUACAAAAUCAACUAGCCGUUAAAACUGAAGGUCAUUAAAAAGGGGCUAUCCCCCCUACAUCGUGUGGUUGUUAACAUAAUAUAAAAGAGUCGUACCUAAUGUGAUAUACAGUUAGGAAAAUGGCCUUGAGUGGCCAAUUGAUAUUGUGCCAACUGUAUUGAUUAUUACCCUCAUACGAAAUCUCAUAGAAGUGGGAGAAAUGCGUGAAAAGAAAAAUGUUUUCCAACGAAAAUGAAUCCAUGUUCUUUUUGUAUAGUUAUAUUUAUUGAAUUUCGGAAUCCUUACCCAUAAGCAAGGAAAAAAUAUAAAUGGGAAUACUUGUUCCUAAAUCGAGUCUUAGCGCACAAUUAUUAGUAAUAACGAUACAUAUAUAUUAAAUACAUAAAUAGCGAAUGUAUUGCUUGAUAGUUUAGAAACAAAACGAUGUUCAAAAUUAAGUCGAUUAUUAAAUGGGUACUCGAUGGACAAUAGGUAUCCGUAAUUUUUAUAAAAUGCAUAUUACAUGCACAAAUAAUAAAUACUCGAUACAAUACA